AUGGUCCGCCAUGGAAGGCUCUCCAACGGCUGUCGGACGUGUAGGACGCGCAAAAUCAAGUGCGAUCAAGUACGCCCAGCUUGUGGCCAAUGUCUCAAAGCUGGAUGGAAAUGUCCGCAGUACGGAGACGCGAUUGACCGCAUGUUCCAGUACUACGAUCUAAGGAACUACAGCUGUAUGGUUUCGAGAGGUCCUGGAUCAAACGCCGAGAAAAGGCGCAGCAGAGACCCUACAGCCCUUGUAGAGCCACGAGAAUGUCGAGUCAAUCUCCCCCGAGAGCUCAUUCAUUCCAUCAAUGAUCGUGCCAUCGACUUCUUUCUCGCAACUCACGUAUCCCAUGAUUGUGGCAGUGUCCGAGGUCACUACGGGUAUCUUUCUGUGCUCAGCGACGAGGUCAGAAAUAGGAAACAACUCUCCGCGAGCUUGAGCGCUGUCGCGCUAGCAGCGUACGCGUACAGCUUCCAACAUCCAACUCUGCUUGAGGAGUCCAGAUGCCAAUACGGGCGUGCUCUUCACCUCAUCAACGCAGCACUGUCCUCACAAGAGGAAAUGGCACAUGACAGCACAAUCAUCUCAAUACUACUGCUCAGCACGUUUGAGACGAUUACCUCGGGCAGUCCACAGUCGCUUUCACAAUGCGAUGCACAUAUCAGAGGCGCAAUGACGAUCAUCCACUUGCGAGGCCAUCGCAUGCUCGAGUCCCGCCAUGGGCAGCAGCUGUUCCUACAUAUCUGCUGGUGUCUCUCCGUGAAUUGCAUUUUGCACUCCUACCCAGUUCCGACAGAACUCAUCGCAAUCCGUCAAUCUAUGGGAAGGUAUUUGGAUACCAGUGACCCUGCGUGGAAAUUGUUCGACUUGGAAUGCAAAGUUGCCAGAUUUCGUGCCGAUGUUAAGCACAACCUCCUUCAUGGUCGCCAUUUACUGAACGUUGCUCUGGACAUCGAUCGCGAGUUCAUCUUGCUCGCCGGCGACUUGCCAGUUCAAUGGCAUUUCCGAACGAUAGCUCUGGAUAAGCCAUCCAAGCUGGUCUUUGGGUCUUCCUACCACGUAUAUCCUGAUGUCUGGGUAGCCGCUAUUUGGAACAAACUGCGUACUUGCCGGUUACUUUUACACAAGGAAAUCUGCGCCCAACUAGGUGAUAUUUUGGCAACAUCUCCCGAACAGUAUUCUCCAUCGGAUGCUUCCUGCCAUCAAUCUUCCUUCGAAGCCAUGCAAACCUUGGCGCUUCAGAUACUAGCUACGGUGCCUCAGUUCUGUGGCCUUGUAUCUAGGGCUUCGGGCGAUCUGCUGCAGACAGAGAAGGAUAUAUUCCGGGACCCAUCCGCCAGUGGCAUUCCGACGGUUGCUGGGCUCUACUUUUUGUUCUGGCCCUUGCUGAUGGCCGGGUGCGUGUUGGAAUCAGACGUUCAGCGGAAAUGGAUCGUAGAUCGCAGUCGGGAUAUUGGAAGGAUGACUGGGAUUCAGCAAGCAUUUUCCUUGGCGGAUGUUGUAGAGAGCCAUAACUUCCUGGACAGGAAGGCCAUAGUGCCAGGGAUGGAAGGAUAA